AUGUCAUUUGGUUCAGGGGACGAUAUUGGGGAUGGAGAACUCAAUGCUCUUUCUCCAUCUCCUUCGUCAUUUGCAACACCAACAGGCCCUUCACCAUCACCAAGUCCUUCGCCUAGCAUUGCUCAACCGUCUCAUCGAAACCCGGAGGGGCUAGCUCAACGACCACAAGGAAUAGUUCGGUCACGCACAUUCCAUUCUGUCCCAAAAUCCCGGAGAAAGAACUCUGAAAUCGAUGCACUGGUUGUAGAUCCUGAUGUUCUUGCUCACAUGCGCCGCUGGAUUCUGGGCGUCGCUAUCGUCGAAUUUGAUGUCGAUGAGGGGCCUGUUAUUACCGGCAUAUACCCGCCCCUUGUUAUUGCGGAUGCCGAGAAUAUUGCGUUCUCUGCAUUCCCAGACUCUCCACAGUUCGAAGAAGGGACGCAAAGCCAUUCGUUUUGCAUCAGAGAACUUCCCUUGACCCUUCCUGGGAGAGAGUCAUCCCCAGCAAAGGAUGGGUUCCUCUACGGAUUUGCUCAUUUCACGCAACGAAAAGUCCACUCUUCGAAGCGAGGCUACGAACAGCGUUCACUUGUCAUUCUUACCCGACAUGCCUAUCCCGCAUUGUUUACCCAAAUCUGCACGCUUCUUGGUCCUCUAUUUCAAGAACAUGGGCUUCCUAUGCUUGAAGCUGCUUGUCAUAAUAUCGCAAUGUGGUCUGACCCGACGCCUGGCCUCGUUACUGAACUUGGUUUCUUGGGCACAGUCUUAACCGUGGAGCUUCCACUGUCAGCAGACCAGCAACAACUAGCAUCCAAAUCCUUCGAUCCGAAGGAAUAUAUCUUAGCUUCUUCGAGUUGGUUCAGUCCUCCGCCCAUUCUACUCUUUGAGGCAGCUCUUUCUCAUCUCUGGUCAAUUUGGGAAUGUUUGGUGCUUUGCGAACCACUUCUUGUCUUUGGAACAUCACCCGCUCAGACCAGCCAGGCCAUCUGGUGGCUAAGAGACUUACUUCGGCCCCUUCCUCUGACUGGCGAUAUCAGGCCAUACUUUACUAUCCACGACACCGACCAUGCGGUCAUGGCUUCACGUCUUCCACCUACUGCAGGGCGAAUUCUGGGUGUCACAAAUCCGGUUUUCGAGCGGGAAUGCGCUCAUUGGCCACAUAUCUUAAGUCUUGGUCGUCAAAUAUUACUAAACAACACAAGCCAUAGUGCUUCCGCUGGUAACACUCGGGCACCCGCUGGACCUGCUCCAGGCUGGAAGACACGAAACCACACUCGAUAUAUAUCCAAAGAUCGUGUCCUUCUAAAGCGUUUCGAAGAAGCAUGCAAUUUAGGCUCCGAACGUGACCGUUUGGAUGCCUCCCUUGAGCUCAGACGACAUUUUCAUGCCCGUUCAACCGAGUUACUUGUCCCUCUUACACGCUAUCUUCAAACCCUGAUACCCACGCCGGCGGAAAAAGCUUCUGCCAAUCGCAAUGAGCCUCUUCGAAUGCGACCAUUUAGUGCUCCAGCCUUUUUGUCUUCUUUGAAGACGGGAAGUGUUACUCUUCCUUUCAGAAGCACGGCUCGAAGGAAAGAGUUCUAUGAGAGACUAUUACGGACACCAACAUUCGUCUUUAGCCUUAACGGCAGGAGCCUAAAACUCGAUUCGCGCGCAGACAUAGAGCCAUAUAUUUCCCAAGUAGACCCAUCCCAAAUCGAGGAGAUCCAUUUCGGUGGCAACACUAUCGGCGUCGACGCGUCCCUUGCCCUAGCAGAAUUUUUGCAAAAGGCCAACAACCUCAAGGUCGCAGAUUUCGCCGACAUAUUCACUGGUCGCUUGAUCACCGAAAUACCACAAGCGCUCAAAGCAAUAUGCGACGCGCUCAAAGACAAGACAAGCCUCGUCGAAAUAAACCUAAGCGACAACGCUUUUGGCGGCCGCUCAGUAGAGCCUAUGGUCCCAUUCCUCAUUGAAAACCGAUCCUUCCAAGUGCUCAAGCUUAACAAUAACGGCCUCGGUCCGGCAGGCGGAGUUGUACUCGCCAAUGCCCUCCUUGAGUCAGCCAAGCUCAGUCAGGCCGAAGGCAACAAGUCUAACCUCCAUACUGUCAUCUGUGGUCGUAAUCGUCUCGAAGAUGGCUCUGCACCCGCUUGGGCUGAAGCGUUUGCUGCUCAUGGAACCCUGCAGCAUAUUCGCAUGCCACAAAACGGGAUUAGAAUGGAUGGGAUAGCUGCUUUGGCAAAAGGACUCUCGAAAUGCCCUGAUAUGCGUGAAAUCGAUCUUCAGGACAACGCAUUCAUUGCCGACGGAGAAUUGGCGGGUGUUCAAGCUUGGACAGAGGCACUGAAACAGUGGCCAGAGCUUCGCGUGCUCAAUCUAUCUGACUGUGUCCUUUCCAGCGACGGAGACGUUCCCACGAUCAUCACUGCUCUGGCUGGUGGGUCCAAUCCCAAACUUCAUACUCUCCAAAUACAGAACAACAACCUCGAGUCCGAAUCUUUCGAGGCGCUCUCUGGCGGCAUUGACAAGAUGCCUGAGCUCAAGCUGGUCGAGGUUCAAUGGAAUGAAGUGGACGAUGACAACGAACAUCUUCAAACCAUUGCUGCAUACCUCAAACGAAGGGGCGGCAAAAUUGUAAUAAAUGAUGAAGACGACGAAGAGGAGGUGGAGGCAGAGGGCUCUGCAGACAAGUCAGAUGACUUGGACGAGCUGACAGAAAAGUUGGGUAAGGUAGAUAUUCAAUGA